AUGUUAUCCUUCUCAACAGGCGUCGCUAUGCAAAGUAAUUUAACUGAACCAUCGCGAGAGAGUCGAGAAGUAAAAGAUGUCCCGAAGAUGAGAAAGGUGCCGAAAACGGGUGCAGAGCGCAUUCGUGAAUAUAGAGCUCGAAUAAGAGCUCAGAACGCAACCAUCCCUGGCCCAGCAAAAAAUGUUGAGGCAAUGGAGUCGACAAUGUCAGCUUUGGACAAGUUCAAGAGGCGUCUGGUCCGCGACAUAGCGCGGCGCUUGUACCAAGAGAAGCAGGAGGAGAGCGAAAUGUGGUCCCAACUGAACCGGGAGUACGGCUGUGACUGUCACCUGUUGUGGGAUCACAUGAGGGCGUUGACGCUGAAGAAGCUGAAGAGACUGCUGGCAGCCGAGGAUCGCGUAGACUACAUCACGAGGAUAGCUCGUAUGACGACCACGGACUGGCUGACCUUCGAUAUGGUGCUCGUUCACCAGAAAGUGGACGUCAUCGGGGAGGACUUGAUACUGGCUGGCAAACCGGAGCCUGCAGUUCUUACGCAUCUGUUCAAUUUAGUUCAAAAGCACAACAUCGAGGUUCUGCCACCAAAAUUCCGCGUCGAGUACUGGCAAAAGUUAACCAAAGAAUAUAACACAGACGGUCGGCACUGUUCGCCGAUGCUGCUGCAGCGGCGCUGGUACCAGCUGAAGGAGCUCACCAGGACGAAGAUUUACGACUUCUGGCAGAGCUACCGGGGCAACCCGAAGCUCUACGAGAAGGCCAGCGAAAGGAAACCCACCAAGCUGCAGAUGCUGAUCGCCGAAAAGUAUAAAACUCUAAUUACGCAACCGUUUGAGCAAUGGGAAGAAUUGUUAAGCAACAAGAUGGUUGUUCCAGCUGGCGCGUUCGAAAGGAAGAAAAUUAAAGAAACUUUUAAUACUGAUAAUGAUCCUGAUAUUAUAGUAGUAGAGCCACAAGUGGAAACUAUUGAACUACCUGCAGAUUCUGAUAGCGAUGAUGUAGUAACAAACGAUGUAAAGCUUAACACUGACUCUACAAAAGUUGUCAAAGAAGUAACAGUAAAGACAGAAAUCGACGAUGACUUGUUAGAAAAUGAUGCCAUUCAAAAAUUGGAAAGUAUGGAAAUCCCAAUAGAAAAAGAAGAACAUCAUUUUGAACCAAUUGAGAAGGAUUCAGGAACAGACGGAAUUUUUCUACCCAAAAUUACUAGCGUAAUGGGCAAUGUAGUUAUGGCGGAGAGUGAUUCAAAAGUGAAUGAAGCGGCUUGUGAGAAUAUUCAAGUGGCCGCUCAAGAACGUAACAUGACACCUUGUGAAGAUGAUAAUGAUGAUGUAAAGAUUUUUGAAACUCCAGUAAAUGAGGAUCUAAUUGUAGCAGAUAAUGUUAAAGCGUGCCCCGAUAUGAAAAGCGAAGUUGAAAAACAAAAGGGGAGUCUCAGCAAUUUCAAUGAACUAUCGGUUCAUUUAGAAUUUGUCGAUGACGGGAUCGAGCUUGAAGAUAAUGAUGUUAAAUAUCAAGGAACUACGAAAUCCCAGUUUAUUAAAGAGGAAACAGAUCAAUAUUUGAUAUCCAAGGAGAGUGCAGAGAGCAUAUCCGAAGACGAAAAUAAUACUGAAUGUAAAAUUGAUCUUAAACUAAUAAUGUUUCCGAUAACGUAUACUAUAAAACUCGAUCACAUGGAGACAUUUAAGAAUAUAAGCUUCCUAACAGUUAAAGGGAACGAUGUAAUAGGACGUGCACUUGCCGAAAAUCCAAUCAUACUGUUAGAUGAUGAUGAACCAACAAGUUAUGCGGAAGAUCAGUUGUACGCCAAUAACCCGGUGUUACCUAAAGGAGUGAGACUAAUUCUCCUACCGGAUAAAGGAUUAAGCGUAGCUUUAGAUCCAGAUGCAAAAAUUGAGCAAGCAGACUUGGAAAAGUUACCUCCAAUUCUUUCAGCAAUAGAGAAACACCUACAUGAGUCAACACUUGUUAAAUAUUCUUCCGAGGGUCUUGUUCCAAGUGAGGUUAAUUCUAAUUCCGACCCUGAUAACACCACUAUGAACUCGAAACUUGCCGCCACUAACCCGAACUCUCACUCAAAUGUGCCUAGUGCUCAUGUUGAUAUCAAUCAAGUGACAGCUUCAAACCUACAACAAACUACAGAUUCCGUGAACAAUACUCUCACUGUUGUUGUUUCUCAAAGUGGCAAGACGAAAGAGGAUAAUAAUUGUGAUCCUAUAUAUCAGGAAUUUCUCAUGAAGAUUCUGAUAUUAUCUCUGAGGAAGGUCCAUCAAUACAAUCGCCUGCAGCUGUACCGUCAACGUCUAAUACAGUUU